UAAGUCCCCUCUCGAUUCCCCUUCUGGGAGCAAUUCACGCCACCACUUUUGCAUUCUCUUUCGCUUAUUUUCUUGGACGCUAGCAAGUGGGAUGGUUGGUGUUCCGGGACGGUCGAAAAGCUGCGGGACGUGCAGGAGGAGGAAGAAAGGGAAUUGUGACAGGCAGCGCCCUUCCUGUAGCCAAUGUCUCGCCAAGGGCCUAACGUGCGAUGGCUACGGCCGGGAAACCAUCUUCGUGAAUGCGACGUCGGCGAAGGUGAAGCAGUACCGUGUCAACGAAUACCCUCCCGAGGCCGACAAUGAGCAAGCACACGAUACCAUUCAUGGAGGCGAUGCCCAGGGGUCCAAAUUCGAAAGGCAGCAUGCCGGCGUUCAGCGUGAGGGGGAGUCGGAGGACCUCGCCCUGCAGCAGCGUCGAUUUGCAGCAGCCGAAGCUAUUCUCCGGAUCCCCGAUUCCGGCGUCACAGAAGCCCUUGCCCGCACCGCGCACGAGGAACGCUACCUUGGCGGGUUCUGGCAGCGUUACCUCCCCGAGGCCCGGGACUUCCCGUCGCGCGCGGCGCCUUACACGAACGGCGGCUGGAUGGUCGCGCUGCCGAGGCUGUACGCUUCCUCGCCCGUGAUUCGGAAGGUCAUGCUUGCGGUGUGUCUGGCGACGGAGGGACAGGCGUCGGGGAGGGAGAGGGAGAGGGAGGAAGGGUUGCGGUAUUAUACCGCGUCUCUGAGAAGGAUGGCAGGGGCGCUGGCGGAUCGAGACCCGGAACGAGGAAGGGCGGACCACACGACGCUUGUUGUUGCUGCGAGGCUGUUCAGUAUGUAUGAGGUUCAUUGCGGCCACAAUGCUUUAGAUUUGCCAGCCCAGGCGGAAAGCUGGUGCAAGCAUAUCGAGGGGGAGCUCGCCCUCAUCAUGAGUCGGCCUCCUCAAGACUACGCCUCGGGGUACAUGCAUCAGUUCUGGGUUGACGGGAGGCUUCAUCUGGCAAGCUGUUUCCUGCAGAUGAGGAAGAGGGCGCCCAUGAGUGACCCCGGCUGGAUGACCAUCCCCUGGCAAACGAUCCCCAAGACGCCGAAAGAUCUCAUAAUCGACAUCCUCAUCGAGACAACCGGCCUCAGGGAAGACUAUGACGCCCUCAAGACACAAGACGACCCCCAGUCGCGCGAUGCUCUGCGCCGAGAGCUCAUCCAGAGGUGCUGGCGGCUGGAGUCCGAGCUGGCGGUCUGGCUCAGCACAGUUCAUAAUCACCGGGAACCAGACGUCCUGUCGGCGGAUGCACCUUUCUCCAUAGACGUGCUUGCGGCGGCGCACGUCAUGUGCAUCUACUGGAUCGCCUGCAUCGUCACGUACAGCACCCUCCGCGACCUCCUCUCGGCAGCAGCGCCCGAAGAAAUCGCUCGGCUUCCGCCGCACAUGGAUCCGCGCGUCUACUUCCGGCGCAUCGCCGAGGCGGUGAACGUCAUGCUGCAUCCGUCGUCGGGCAUCUUUGGCGCGCAGCUGACCUACUUCCCCACGGCGGUUGUCAUGUCGUAUCAUAGGGAUUUCGGGGGAGGUGAUGAGGACGUGAAGACCAUGAUUUUCGGGGCGUAUCGGAGAGCUGGGAAGGAUAUGAUUGCGGAAAGGUUCUUGGCGAGCUUGAGGGAGCAGGAGGCGAGGAGAGGUGGCCGAAGCAAUUGCACGAUUCCAUGACACCAAACUUCUGGCCGGGCUGUCCCGAAACUUAACUCCCUAGAAUGGAGCACGCGUCCACUGGAGACUCGCAGUCGAGCGGUCAGGCUUUGAUGAGCC